AUGGCUGAUUUGAGCAAAGACAUUCAAGACCUGAAGCUGGAAGGUACAGCUAUCAAAGUAGCUCCCGCUGGCGCUGCUGACAAUGCUCAACAAAAUGUCACACCUUGGGAUGUGGAAGGCGCUGUCGUAGAUGGUGUUCAACAAGCUAUCGAUUACAACAAACUCAUUGACCAGUUCGGUACAAGGCCUAUUGACGAUGCUCUGUUGGAACGUUUCGAAAAGUUGACUGGCCGUAAGCCUCACAUUUUCUUGAGAAGAGGUACCUUUUUCUCUCACAGAGAGUUCAACUUGAUUCUUGAUCGUUACGAACAAAAGAAGCCCUUCUUUUUGUACACGGGCCGUGGUCCUUCCAGUGCAUCGAUGCAUUUGGGACAUAUGGUCCCUUUUGUCUUCUGUCAAUGGUUGCAAGAUGUCUUUGAUGUCCCUAUUGUCAUUCAAUUGACUGACGAUGAAAAGUUCUUGUUCAAGUCUAACUUGACCGUUGAAAUGUGUCGUCAAUUCGCCAUUGAUAAUGCUACUGAUAUCAUUGCUUGUGGUUUCAACCCUGAAAAGACAUUCAUCUUCUCCAACUUUGAUUUCGUUGGCCAAGAGUUCUAUCACAAUGUCGUUCGCAUUGCUCGCUGCAUCACAUUGUCCCAAUCCAAGGCCACUUUUGGUUUCAAUGAUAGCGAUAACAUUGGCAAGGCUCACUUUGUCUCUGUCCAAGCUGCCCCUUCCUUCUCCAACUCGUUCCCUCACAUCUUUGGCGGCAAGAAGGAUAUCCCCUGUUUGAUUCCCUGUGCUAUCGAUCAAGACCCUUAUUUCCGCUUGACCCGUGAUGUGGCAAAGAGAUUAAAGUACCCCAAGCCAGCUCUCAUUCAUGCUAAAUUCUUCCCAGCCCUUCAAGGCCCUCAAACCAAGAUGAGUGCCUCUGUGGAUACAUCCGCCAUCUUCAUGACAGACACUGCCAAGCAAAUCAAGAACAAGAUCAACAAGCACGCCUUCUCUGGUGGAGGAGCUACUCUUGAGGAACAUCAGGCCAACGGUGGUAAUCCCGACGUGGAUGUAGCCUACCAAUACCUCUCCUUCUUCUUGGAGGAUGAUGAAGAACUGAAAAAGAUCCACGAUUCUUACAAGUCGGGUGAAUUGAUGACUGGCGAGCUCAAGAAGAUUUGCAUCGAGUUGUUGCAAAAGUUUGUUGGUGAUUUCCAAGAGAGAAAGAGCAAGAUUACACCCGAAACCAUUGCCUAUUUCAUGGACUCUACUAGAAAGAUUGAUGCCUCUUUGAAAUAA